AUGAUCUCCUCCUUCAUGUUGCUGGUCUUGAUUCACUUUCUGCAGCUUGUCGAACCUUUAAGGUUACGUCGCCAAGCCAUAGAUGCGUAUCCGCCACCAUCAGAAGCGGAAUCAAUGCUAGCAGCUAACACCAUGGGACUGUUCCCAACAAUCAUGGAGAAUUAUGUAUAUUCGAAUGAAUUCCUUCAAACCCCCAUUGACCCAUUCGGUUUCUUCCCACCAACAAUCUAUCAGCAACCUGUUUUUGCUUACACUAGACAGCAUGUUCCAGUACCACGAUUCAAUACGUUCACACCUGGAAAUGUUGCUCCUGAAAUUUCUCCUCCUCUACCAGCAUGGUCUCAGGCCGGCAAUUCAUUGCCUAAUCGAAAUUUGGCGAGACCAGUUCCUGCAGGACCACCCGACAGCGCUGCUCUAGUACCUCCUGUUUCGUCCACUGGCGCUCAGCUCGCCAAUCCUGUACGCAUUCAGAAUUUUGAUGGAUCUUCUCAGCAACCCAGAAAUACGAUUAUGGUUCCUCGCACAUUAGACGUCAAAGAACAGCCAGGGCAACAAUUUGCGGGACAAAACGUUCCUGGAAAAUCAUUCAUCAACGCCGGUUCGAAUCUCCCCACUCUACCGUUCCAUAGUCAAAUACCGCCCACAGAACUUAGGCUAAUCCCAGAUACCUUUGAAUAA